AUUAGUUUCAGGGCGGGGCACCACGUAUAAAAUGUAAAGGUCAUAAUUAUAUCUGAUAGUGAUUGCGAGUUCUUAUAUAGAAGCGCAAGAAAAUGCAUCUGAUAAUUAUAUUUGUCAUCGCAGUCUUCCAAGUGGUUCGAAGCAUACCAGUGGGAGUUACAGUCGGCCUUGAUCCCCAGCUUCAUGCGAUACAAACUUUGUAUCACUCUCAAGAUAAAUAUGGACAAUAUGCCUACGGGUAUGCAACACCGACAGCAAUGAAAAGUGAGACUCAAUCUUCAGAUGGAAUAACAAGGGGUGGAUACUCCUACAUAGACUCGAAUGGAUAUCUUCAAACUGUUGAAUACAUCGUGGAUCCGGUUCAUGGAUUCAGAGUAGCAGCUUCAAAUUUGCCCAGAGAUGAUCCCGACGUGGUUUUUGCAAGAGCAAAGCAUAUAGCAGAAUAUGAAGCUAUCAAAGCUGAACGUGCACAGAUCGCGGCUGGUUUAACUGCCGUUCCAUACUCAAAUCCGGUUGCCGUACCAAUAAAUAAUGUUCCUCAGAUUUCUUCGGAUCAUCAGGUGAUUAUGCUUAAUUUUUCAUUCAUGUACAGGGUGAUGUGA